GGGAUAAGUUAGGAGGAAGAACAUAGCAGGACCAUUAAGAUUGGAAUUGUUUGUAUCCAAUGCAAGAUGCUGCAGUUCCAGCUUGUUGUCGUGCAUUUGGCCCUUGCGACUACCCUGCUGCUGUGGCACUCUAGCUCAGUGCUCCACGUGGAGGCAGUGCCAGAGCCUUUGGAGCCUUCUACUGCUCUGGGCAUGGGAGCACAUCCUAUUGCCAGUGAAGACAAGUCAGCUACCAACCUGGCAGCCAAACUAUUCCUUCUUGAUGAGCUGGUGUCUCUGGAGAAUGAGGUGACGGAGACCAAGAAGAAGAGAAGUUUCCCAGGAUUUGGCUCCCCAAUCGACAGGAUUUCUUCGACCUCUGUGGAUGCUAAAGGCAAGCAGAGGAAAGUGGUUGAGCUGCCUAAGAGACGGUUUGGAGUUCCUCUUGACCGGAUUGGAGUGAGCCAUCUUGGCAACACCAAGGGUUAGCAGUUCCUGCAAGUACUUCUGCUCAGAAUGACUGAUGCUGUAUUGAAAACAUUAGAGAAAUAUGGAAGAUGCAUCACUGCAUGUCUUGUCAUUGACUAAUGAUACAACACUCAAGGAAUUGACCUCCUGCAAAAUCUGUUUCACAUUACAUUUUACAAAUGUUGCAUUUACAAAUAACAAAUUCAGUUCAUCAGGUCAGAACGCUCUCACAGUUGUGCACGGUGUCACUGAUAGGAGGGAACAGAAAAACAUGUAUAUAGUUUAAUUGCAUGGCAUUUAUUUCUUAAACUUGCAGCAGUUCAUUAUCCUAGCAAGGACUGUUAGAAUUUUUGGAUUGAAAAUAAAACUUCCAGAGAUACCAACAGCAGUCCAUGAAAAGCAGACAGUUUGCUUUGCACAUUUCUUUCAAGAGGGUGUGUGUUUGGUAGAUGAAGGAAAGAUAUAACAGAUAUGGGACAAACCUAGAAUUUAUUUGAACUGCUGUUUGGGAGAAGAUGUCUACUGACUUCACUAGGAGUUAGCCUAAAAAAGAACUGUGGCCUUAGACCUUAGUAUUUGUCCUGAUGUUUUUAGUAGUCUUUCUCUUACCUCUGUACCAUAUUUAGACAUGUUUUCAUCAUGUGGCAGAUCCUGAAAUGUGGUGAGACUUCUAGUUUCCUCCUUUAAGCUGAAGAAUACAUUUCACUCCUCGCUGUGCAUAACAUAGGAUAGUGUCCAAAUAUGAAGUCAUCUGCUUCCUAGGCCAUCUGCAUCAUAUGCCUUAUUUUAGCCUCUUGAUAUGUGCAUGGGGCAUAAUCAGACAUCCGACUCCAGAAGUUCAAGUAUUUCUCUCUCUGGUAAAAAGUAAACAUGUCCUCUCCAUUUCAGGGUAAACAGGUUAUCUUAAAUCCUGUUUCAUGCUUUUAACUUCUUUCCAGAUUAUAAAAUACAGCUGAAAAGAGCUGUUUGCUGACAUCUCAAUGCUCAGAUUCCUAGCUGAUAUUUUCUAAACCUCACAUGCUCCUUCUUGGACUUUGGUCCACGUCAGCUAUAUUCAUUGGAUUGCUGUUCUUGGGUAUAAAUCAUCCUUAGCAUUGCAAAAGAAGAUCCAUUGAGAAAGGGAUUAUGCAGGACUAAGGAAAAAAAAUUUUGUUGCCAAACACCCUGUGUUAGACAGAGAGUAAGGCCGGAGUUAGGAAUUACAUGUUAAUUUCCUAAUCUUAUAUGAGGCACAAAGCACCUGGCCUUAAGCUAGCAAAUGGGGAAAAAUGUAGUUAGCUUCUCAGUCAGCUACAGGAAAUGAGUUGGAAAGUCAAUGAAUCUUUGAAGUUAAAGCUAUUGUGAGGAGUGGGACUUUGGGACAAUUGCCCCAGUUCAGGCCACAGUGGGAGAUGAGGCUCUUACUUGGAAGGGCAGGUAGCAUCCAAUUCAUGUCUGAGAGGGGCAGUGCUCAGCCAUAGCAGGGGCCCUUCUCAUUUUCCUUCUUGCUUACAGCCCUGCCCUGAGACCAGGACUGGUCCAGCUGUAGAAAAUUUUCAAGAAACUUUGCUCUUCUUGUCAUCUCCAAUAUAAGCUGAUGCUGCUGAAAGCAGCUGCACAAACCAGUAAAUAACAUCAAGAGGUGCCCCCAUCUUUCCCAUCAGGUAGAGCACUCUCUAGCUGAGGUAGGUAAUCAUUCCUCUCUUGGUGGGUGAGUUGUCAGUGCUUGCGUGUGAGGUGAAGCACUGCAGAUGCUUCCCAGACCAAGUUCUUGAAAGUCAUAGAAAGAAAGAAGCACUGUUAAGUCCUUAUGUGGUCAUCGCGGGUUUUUGCUCCCUGCUUUUCCCCUGGUUCCGCUGCUCGUUUUCUGCCUUUAAGUUUGCAGGUGAAAGCUCUGAGAGCUGGGCUGAGUGGGUGCAUGUAGACUGGCUGACUCGAGACAGGAUUUUCUGUCCAUGCUACAAGCAAGUCUGCAAAUGCAGUCCCAGAGAAGCUCUGACCCUGUCCUCUGCAGUGCACUGCCACUACCUACCCUGAGCCUGCCCUGCGGUUUAGUAAACAGUUAUCUUGCACUGAGCUCCUCGAGACAGUCUGCAGAUAAUCUGCUUUCAAGGUAGCCAUAUGUAUGGGGCAUGGGCAGAUUAUGGAAGUGAUGACCUGACCACUCAUACAGCUGUCUGUCAAAAGCAGCCUGGACAGUCAUUGCAUGACAUGUUUUGGGAGGCUCAGAUCAGAGGAAUCCAAUGCUAUCACAGCGGCUUUGCAAAGACACUGCUGGAUCAUAAAAAUAUUUAACGCUUGGCAGGUAUUAGCCUGGGCUUCCAAAUAAAUUGGGGUUUUUAAAGCCUGUAAAUUGUGUGCAGAAAUGCCCUCCAUCUGAGGGGUGAUGUGAAAGCAAAGCAGGACAGAGGUGUCUGUGGUGGUGUUGCUUGGAACUGGGAGCUGGAAGCUUCAGUCCUGCUCUUGGCUUCCACCUCACUGUCUGGAUUACUUGGGAGAAAGCAACAGCCAUUCUGUUCCUCUGCCCCAUCCACCACAGAGCACACUGAGACCUCCUGUGGCUCAAAAAGCACUCUUUAAAAUCCAUAAAUUGGCAGGUUUAAAAUUGGCUGUUUAAAAUAUGAUGAUGUCUGAAAAUCUGAACACCACAAUUUGUUUUCAGAGGCAAUAUUGGACAGCUUCAGUCAUUGUGCAUAGCAUGGAUGUCAACAAAUGUGAAAUAAGGCUAUACUGCAGCAUUUGUUGCUCGCUAGAUUUGCCCUGUGCUGCCUGUUGGCAAAUCCAUUCAGAUGCCUGUGAAGAUU